AUGUCCGCGUCGCCCUCCCUCGAGAAGGCGGUGCCCGAAUCCCCCUUUGCGGGCCCGGAGAAGGACAGGGAGAACGGUGUGAGUGCAAUCGAGGUGGAGGAGGACCCGGACGCGGAGUUUGGGGGGCGCGAGGCGCGCAGGCGGAUGGAGAAGAGGCUGUUGCGGAAAUUGGACAUGCGGAUGUCGAUUUUGAUCGUGAUUUAUAUUUUGAAUUAUAUUGAUCGGAAUAAUGCAUCGGCAGCGCGGCUUAGAGGUCUUGAAGCCGAUUUGCACCUUACGGGCCAACAGUUCCCGACGCUGUUGUCGAUUCUCUAUGUCGGAUACAUAUUGAUGCAGAUACCUUCGAAUUUGCUGUUGAAUUGGGUGGGGAAGCCGUCCUUGCACCUGCCGAUCUGUAUGAUCAUCUGGGGAAUUAUAUCCUGCCUGACGGGGGUUACGCAUAACUUCAUUGGCGCCCUUCUGACGCGGUUCUUCCUGGGCUUCGUCGAGGCCGCCUUCUUCCCCGGGGCGCUGUUCCUGAUCUCGAAGUGGUACAAACGAAGCGAGGUCGGGUUCCGGACGGCGAUCUUGUACUGCGGGAAUAUCAUCAGUAAUGCCUUCGGAUCAUUGAUUGCCUCGGGUAUCUUGGAUGGCAUGGAAGGCGUGCUGGGACACCAAGCAUGGAGGUGGCUCUUCUACAUCGAAGGCUCGCUCACCGUCUUCGUUGCCAUCUGCGCGAUCUUCAUCCUGCCCGACUUCCCGAUGACGACCAGGUGGCUCUCCGAGCCCGAGCGGAGGCUCGCCAUGCAGCGGCUCGAGGAGGAUGUCGGCGUAGGCGACCAGGCGGAGACGGAGGUCGGGCAGAUGCGCGGGCUCGCGAUGGCGCUCACGGACUGGAAGGUGUGGUGGCUGGCGCUCGCGAUGACUGCGCAGGUCCUGGCGCUCUCGUUCAACGCGUACUUCCCCACCCUCACGGCGACGCUGGGGUUUAAUACGACGGUGACGCUGCUGUUGUGCGCGCCGCCGUUCGUGUUUGCUGCUGCGGAGACGUUCGCGUUGCGCAGUCACUCGGACAUGCGUCGAGAACGGUUCUGGCAUAUUUCGAUAUCUCUAGGAGUCGGGAUUGUGGGGUACAUCAUCGCCAUAUGCACGAUGAACCUCGCGGCUAGAUAUGUUUCGCUAUUUUUGAUGGCACAGGGAUAUGCGGGGUUCACGGUGCUCUAUACGUGGAUGAGCAAUUCGUUCCCGAGACCACCGUCGAAACGGGCCGUAGCACUGGCUCUGAUGAAUGCCUUCUCACAGCUAGGAAACAUUGCUGGAUCGUAUAUCUGGCCGACAGCUUGGGGUCCGACAUAUGAAUACUCCUACGCGAUAUGCAUAUCCUGCGCGGGCUUGUGUAUAUUGAUGUGUUAUAUCUUCAAGCUGCACCUAGCACAUCUGAAUAGGAAGUUCGCUCAGCAAGAAGAGGAACAGGGGAUCAAAACGCCUGGGUUCCGAUAUAUUUUGUAA